AUGGCGGAGCAGCACGGAGCGCCUGAGCAGGCUGCAGCUGGCAAGAGUCACGGAGGCCUCGGGGGAAGCUACAAGGUGACGGUGUACGAGUUAGAGAACUUCCAGGGCAAGCGGUGUGAGCUCUCGGCUGAGUGUCCCAACCUCACUGACAGCCUGCUGGAGAAGGUGGGCUCCAUCCAAGUGGAGUCUGGACCGUGGCUGGCUUUCGAGCGCAGGGCCUUUCGUGGGGAGCAGUUUGUCCUGGAGAAGGGGGACUACCCUCGCUGGGAUGCCUGGUCCAGCAGCCGACGCAGUGACAUUCUCCUGUCUCUCCGUCCUUUGCACAUUGAUGGCCCAGACCACAAGCUGCACCUGUUCGAGAACCCAGCCUUCAGUGGGCGCAAGAUGGAGGUCGUAGAUGACGAUGUGCCCAGCCUGUGGGCCCAUGGUUUCCAGGACCGCGUGGCCAGCAUCCGAGUCCUCAACGGGACGUGGGUGGGCUACGAGUUCCCCGGCUACCGCGGGCGCCAGUACGUGUUCGAGCGGGGCGAGUUUCGCCACUGGAAUGAGUGGGACGCGAACCAGCCGCAGCUGCAGUCGGUGCGCCGCAUCCGCGACCAGAAGUGGCACAAGCGCGGCUGCUUCCUCAGCAGCUGA